UCAAGACCUCUACAAAUACUCAGCCCUGCCACUUCCACGCUGUCAGAUCGUAAUCUCUGCUCAUUCUGCCCACUCUGACUCUGGUCCCUGUCUCCAGUCCUACUUCUCGUCAGUCCUGCUACUCUGUCCUGGAUCCCCCACUCUACGGCUCCCUUGAUUCCCCUCUGGAUCUGCUUACCCUGUCCCAACACGUCUCGCUCUGACAAAGGGACACCUUAUGGUGACAGUUAUGCAAAACUUCAAUGAUUCAGGCCCAGUGAUGGCUGUUUACUUGGUUUAUUACACCGAUGCUUAUCUCCUUAUGUACAAACCACCCAUUCAUUGACUGCUUACUUGUUCUGAUGAAAUGAGCUAGAGAGAACAUUUUUUCAAGUUAAAUUAGGAGCAUGUAAUUAGAAAAAGGUGGACAGUCCUCCCCAACCAAGCUGAGGAGAGAAGUGACUUUAAUCUGCACAAAUAACUUUCCGUGAAGCCUGUGUAGCGGAUAGCCUUGGACUUUCCACCAUAUCCUCUGUUUGAUGAACUGUUGAUAGCUUGAAAGCCAUGGUGGUGAGGAGUGGGGUGAUUCUGUCGGUCUACAUCAUCACCUUCCUGAUUGGCCUGCCUGGCAACAUCCUGGCACUUUACGCCUUCAGCGUCAAGAUCCACAACAAACCCACUCCCACAGACAUCCUCCUGCUCAACCUGACUGUGUCCGACCUUAUCUUCCUGCUCUUCCUGCCCCUCAAGAUGUACGAGGCAGCCUCCGGCAUGGUCUGGACUCUCCCCAGGCUUCUCUGCAAUGUUACCUCUUUCGUCUUCUUCUCCACCAUCUACACCAGCUCCCUCCUGCUGAUGGUGGUCAGUGUUGACCGCUACCUGUGUGUGGCCUUCCCUGUCCAGUACAGGCUCCGCCGCAAGCCCUUGUACGGAGUGGUGAGCAGCCUGGUGGUGUGGGUCUUCAGCUCGGUCCACCUCUGCUUCAUCUACAUCGUGGAGAACCAGACCUCAUCUGAUUUAUAUGCCUGCUAUAACAACUUCACCCAGGAGCAGCUGAAGGUGGUGCUUCCCAUGCGCUUGGAGCUGUGUGUGGUUCUAUACAUCGUGCCACUGCUGGUCUGUGUGUUCUGCUACCUGAACUUCAUCCUCAUCCUCAAUAGGACCCCUAACCUUUGUGCAGAGAAAAGGAAGAGAGCCGUUGGAAUGGCUGUGGGGACCUUGCUUGUUUUUAUUGUCUGCUUCCUGCCCUAUAAUGUCACCCAUGUACAGGGGUUCAUCAUCCAAGACAAUGUGGAGUGGCGGCUCUACGCUCUGCUCCUGACCACGGUCAACACCAUCCUGGAUCCUGUGACGUUCUACUUCUCCUCCUCCAUGUUCCAGGCCACCAUGAAGAGGAUCCUGACUGGGAAGCGAAGGAACAGCACCCCUGGUGUCUUCAUGACAGCUCAAAACAACACUAGAGACAUAGAGGGACACAGUAACCCAGCCACAACUGAGGGAGGUUUGUCUGACAAGUGACAGAGCUUUUGAUGACAAU